AUGCGUCGCAGGCGGCCUUCAGAUUCGGACGAAGAAGACCAUUACUCAAAGCGAGAUCGGUUAGAGACAGACACCGUUGAAUCUCUGAUAUAUCGUGUCGGAUCUAAAGUAAUUUCUCGAAUUUAUGCGUCUGACCCCACUAAGGAUACAGCAAAUAUCGAAAAAGACUUAAGCGAUCUAGCCUCUCUUAUACUGCUCGAGAUUCCGCGGAAUGGUGACAAGCUGAUAAAGGUUCUUUCCAGAUGCGUGAGAAACAUUCCAGAACGGGUGGUCAUUUACGCCACGAUGGUCGGACUAUUGAAUCUAAAGAACAGGAGUUUUGUGAACCAACGUGAUCUGAAGGAUGCCGUCAAGUCGUCCUACUUUGAAGACGCCAAAUAUAUACUUCUGUUUUUAGCGGUGUCGAUCAACUGCUUCACGGUCACUGUUAAUUCAAUUUUGAGCCUUUAUGAGAACUUUGCAGAAGUUACCUUAGACGUUGGACGCAGUUCCCAGUGUCGAACUGACUGGUAUGCCUAUGCAAUAUUGUACAGUCUCCCUUACAGUGCACAGGCCAUAGCGACACAAGAUGUAGCCGCCUUGACUGAUAUCUUAGGAACAAUCGAUGUUUAUAUGACAAAGCGACAGAAAAACCACGUUCCCUUAUUGCGCGUCUGGGAGACCGACGAUCCUCAUCCUCAGGAAGAUUAUUUGGAUUGCUUGUGGGCGCAAAUUCGGAAUAUGCGGGCCGGUGGGUGGCAAGAGAAGGUCACUUGGCGCCUCUACGAUUCCUUUCCAAGUCUCAAGGAAUUGGGACAACCACACCAUAUUCCUCCACUAACUCCUCCAGAUUAUGACCCUGAAGUCGCUUAUCCCAUGCCACGUGUGGUCUUCCGCAUGUUUGACUACACUGACGUGAUUGAGCAAGAUGACGACAGUGAACCAGUCCCGGAUGCAGAUUUGGCGCUUGGUCAACCCAAAUCUAAGGAACCGCCCGUCCUUCCAGGCGCCCACACGAUUGAACGUUUCCUAAUCGACGAGCAGCUCACUAUUUUAAUGAACAAUCUGAGCUUCAAUCGGGUUUGGUGCGCCAAAUCAAUGUUGAGUCUUCGCACGCGAGCACGUGUCGCUCUUGACUACAUGAUUGUCGAGGUCGUCUUUGCCGGCAUGUUCAAUCUCCCUUAUCCACCCGUGCAGCAUGGGAAUCUUCUCUUCUACGGAAGUCUUCUAAUCCAGCUUUGUCAAGAAGCCAGUAACAGCAUGCCACUUGUCUUAGCCCAGGCAACUGAACUGCUGUACGAACGGCUUAAUACAAUGAAACCCGUCUGUAUAGGCAGAAUGAUUGAAUGGUUUUCAUACCAUCUCAGCAAUUAUCAGCUACAGUGGAGUUGGCGCGAAUGGUCUGGAGCUAUCUCUGAAGAUCCUAUGUCGCCCCAUCGGCGACUCAUCACUGAGACGUUUGCUCGGUUAAUCCGCUUUUCAUACUAUGAGAACGUAAAACGGUUGUUGCCAAAAGUUUUCUACCCCCUUCUUCCUCCGCAACCGGUUGUCGUUAAUAAGUACGAUGCAAAACCAGAUUUGCCUUCAGCAGCUGCAUUCCACCAGGUUCUCAAUGCAAUGCGAGCUAGGUCUUCUGCUAGUGACGUCUUGAAAUUGACCCAACGGGUUUCUGACCUAGACCGCCUGCCUUCACCUUCUGCUACUGAAGAUGACGAAGUAGAGCAUGAAGGAGGCGUGGAAAGCAGCGAAGAUGAAAGGGGCGGCCCUGCUUCGGACGAAGACAUGAACGGGACUGAGGGUGCACAACUAGUGGACCGUGCAAAAAAUCGGCCUCAUUUGGUUGCCCGACGUCGUGUGUUUCAAGCUUCCCAACGCAAGGCAUCGACAAGUGGGGGUGAGGAAAGUCACGGUCCGGAAGGAGAACUUAUGUCGUCCACCGAGACAACAAGCCAACUCACCGACCUCUCUCACGGUGUCACCAGUUUAUUGACGGAACUGUUCUUUUCUGCCCUUUUCAUAGCUGGGCACAAAACUAUCAGUCACACAUUCUCUUAUAUAAAAAAAUAUGCAAGUGCAAUCCACACUAUUGCUUCUACAGUCGAAAUUCAAGUCGAGGCCCUUCACGUACUUCAAGCUGUAUGGAUAAAUCACCCACAGAUGAUCGUUAUUAUCACAGAACACAUGUGUCGGUCUGGUCUGAUAGAUCCUGAAGCUAUUCUUCUAUGUGUGGGAAUGUUUGAAUCGAACCUUCAUGANUGUAACGCGAUUACAAAUCGCCUAAAUGCAGCCAAGGAACUGAUGGAAACCGAAGGACUUCGGUCUGUCUCUCCUGGCUCUGAAAGAAGGGAUAAAUCUCCAGACGAUGAUGAUGACGAUGACGAUGAAAAUGACAAGCGCCAACGAUUGGGAACUAGUAGAAGGCUGGAUAAGCGGAAUGCAAUGGCUGGCUACGAAAUGGUCUCUUCAGAAAACGAGGAGGAUGAGGAUGACGCUUUAUUUGGUGGUAAAGGUUCCUCAGGCAGCCGAGUGGCGCGAUUAGAAGAGGCGCGAUGUGAGGCUGUUCGAAGUCAGUGCGCGGUUAUUACUUUGCUACUGCAUCGCCACGCGUGCCUUACCUCUGAACUGGCCGCUGAAAUUGCUGGCGAUGAUUUGGAUAUUUCUUCCGUCUCCAGAUCCUCGACUGCACUUCUGCAUAGUUCCGGUCUAAAACUGGGUCUGUCAAAACAGGCACUACAGCAUAUCGCUUUCUGGCUGAAAGGGAGGCUGGUACAGGUUGUUUUGGAGCACUGUGAUCAACUGAUGCCCUAUCUUGACAACCUGGAUGAGUUCAUCUGUGGUGCCCAUCCUGAAGUACAAGAUGUGUUCCAACAACUGCGUGCACUUCAUUCGUAGGGUGGAUACCCGAAACCACCGGUUUCACCAGUCUAACCUGGUUCGAUCAGAUGGGAUGGCUACUUUUCACUGCCUUUUCUCAUUUCGUUUGGUUUGUUCGCUCGUGGAACCCAUCAUUUCCAGUCGUGUAACGUGGCAUUCUAUCCUUAUGGUUUUAAGAUAAUGUAUGCACUAAUU